ACAUCAAGCGUCAGCAAAUGGCGACGAAGCACGUCCGGAGCGCGGUUUUGGUUUAUAUUGAGGCGCCGCCCUAACAGGCGUAGGAUAAUUUGAGCGUUCAUGGCUUGAUGGCGGCGACGAAGCGUCACUAUGAAACAAUGACAACGUCUUUGGAGGUCAGACUGCUCACGGGCCCAGAGUUUCUGGGGAUGCUCCUCAAUUGGGCAUUGCUUGGAAUGUUGUUUGUUCAAGUCUAUAUAUACCACGUCUGCUUCCCAAAGGACCCCCUCUCGUUGAGACUCUUUGUCUAUGGAGUGCUUAUCUAUGAGAUCAUCCAAUCCGCUCUCAUCGCUGCGGUCGGCUUCGACUACUAUGUCUACGAUUAUGGCGACGUCUCAGGACUAACAACGUACCACAACGGAUGGUUCAGCGUCCCCGUGAUGUGCGGCGUCAUGUCUGCUGCGGUGCAAUGCUUUUUUGCUUGGAGAAUUUGGGUCAUAUCGAAACUCCGAAUCCUUGUAGGAGCCAUUGUUACCAUCGCCCUUGCCCAAAUGUCGAUUGCGAUUGUGGGAGGCGUGAAGCUGAAGCUUCUGACGUCGACUUCCGAUGAGAAUACCGUGACACCCUACAUUGAUGCAUGGCUUGCUGGCAGCGCACUAGAUGACAUUAUUAUCGCCAUCAGUAUGACGAUCUUCCUAUCGAGAGCAAAAAAGGGCUUCAAGGCAUCGGACGCGCUUCUCAAUCGUCUGAUUACCCUUGUCAUCGAGACUGGGUCAUUGACAGCUACAAUUGCGACGAUCGAUUUGAUUCUGUUCACCACGAAGCCGCAAACUUACCUGCACACAGCUCCGGUGCUGGUGUUGUCGAAGCUAUACGCAAAUACCUUACUGAUUAACUUCAAUAAUCGAGCCGUGCAGCGCCGUCCCGACGACACUAUCAUUUCAUUAUCCAGGGUUCAACCGGAGGCCUCUGUGUCCAGUAACACGCCACCAGAAUACAGCGUCAGCAGAGGCUUCAAGAUGUCGCAGGUGUAAAUAUUCGGCUAAAGAACAUGUACUAUGGUCUCGUAAGCAACUCCUGUCGACACUCCGACUACUCCUUCCCUCGGCAUGUUCUCUCGAUAUUUUUAGCUUAUAUGGAACUCGCUGGGGACACGCUUUGCUUAGCGAGCAGUUACCUAGGUGCUAAUUUCACAUAGGUCUUGAGCGACUGUCAAUAUGAUCUCGUUCCAAGAUAUCGAGCUGCGGUAGUAAGAUUCUAUCGUCGCCAUCCACUACUGUUUUCGAGCUCAGCGGCAUCAGGGCAUAACCGGUUGCCGGCAUUUAAUGCCUGAACGACCGCUCGCGCAUUACGCUGGAUUGCUCGUAAAUAUGUUCCCUGAUUAAUCGAGAUAUCGGCCGUCUUUGGGCCCUUCGCUUCUACCUAUGGGUGAUAUAGGAAGUCUAUACUCGAAGGCGACAUACGAAAAACAGACACUCAGAAAGGUACGUCUACGC